GGAUUCAAAGAUUGUUGUCACAUUUCUUCCUGCAGGACAUUGUCCAGGAUCAGUCAUACAGUCAGCUUAGCAAGAAAAAUUUAGGGUUAUUGAAAACUGGCUUCUGAAAGCAAAAGUCCUUAACUUUGAAGAUUUUUCUUGAAGGUAUGAAUGGCACAGUGUUAUACACUGGUGAUUUUCGUUGGGCUGUUGGAGAUGCUGCUAAAUCUUCAGCUUUGUAUUAUUCCUUUAGUCAAGUUAAAGAUAUUCAGAGUGUUUAUGUGGACACAACAUUCUGUUUUCCAGAAGCUCUAUAUAUCCCAAGCCGCGAUGAAAGUUUUGAGGCUGUAAAAAGCUUAGUGCAAUGGUGGUUAAAUUAUGGGACAAAUCGUGUUGUUUACUUCAGGUGCUCUGCUCAAUUUGGCUAUGAAUACAUGUUUAUAAAGCUUUAUCAAGCUUUGAAUAUGAAGGUACACGUGAAUCAUCACACAUUGGCUAAGUACAGUGGUAUUAGUGAGAUAGAGGAGGUUUUAACUGUUAAUUACAAAUCUACAAAAUUGCAUGCAUGCUAUAGAAGUGAUAAGGCUGAGGAAGAUAUUAAAACAACCAUGUCAUAUCUGCCUUGCUGUUAUCAACCUACAGGGUACAACCAUAUGGAGGUACUAACAAUCAAGCUUUGUGCUAUGUGGUAUGCUCAUCAUGUUACUGUCCAGAGUAUUAAGUACAGUGCCAGACAAAAUUUCUACCGAGUAUGUUAUUCAAUGCAUUCUUCAUUGACAGAGAUACAGGAUCUGAUUAGACAUUUGAAGCCAAUUAAUGUCUAUCCAAAUGUUGUACCCAAAGGGUCAACAGUGUCAGAGAUAGUAAGGUGGUUGCAGCCAUUCUGUCGUUCAGGUCAACUCCAGAAACAUGAUUCUGAGCAAUCAGCCCCAGAGCAUGUUCCUCUAGGGAAGCUUUGCAGUUCUAAACAUAUAAAAAAUAUUCCAUUUUGUGAAAAGCAACUAAUGUUACAAGGUAAACAAGAAUACAUAUCUCACCACAACAUCUACAAAACAGAUCAUCAUAGUUCACAGAUUUCAGAGUCUUCUUCUGAUAUCACAGAUUCCCAACAUACAGAAAAAGAAAAACCAAAUGAUUCAUUGAGUGAGUACAGCUUGAGUGGCAGUUUUUCUGAGUCAGAAGAAAAGCCACAAUUUGUUUCAUCAGAAAUAUUUAAAUCAUGUAGUGUGUGCAAUAAAUCCAAAGAAGUUCCUAAAACGAAAGCUGAAGAAACAACAAUUAACUCUGUAAAGACCCUUGAAGGCUCAUCAAUCAAGUUAAGGAAAACCCAUGAAAAUAUAUUGUUUAAUUCAAAGUACCUGGAAGGCUCAGAGUUUAACAGUAGAAACAUUUAUGAAAACGUAUUAAAGAUUAAAUCAAAAAAUAGUUCAGAAGAUGUUUUGCUCAAUUCUGUAAAGAUACCUGAAUGCUUAGUUUCUGAGUCAAAAAAAGCUAAAUUUCUGGAAAAGUCAUUGUCUUCCUCCGUAAAUAUUACAAACUCGGUGUUUAACACAAAAAAAGCCAAUGAAGAUCUGAUGUCUGAAUCAAGAAAAAUCUCUGGGGACUCUGUGUUUAGCUCAACGCAAGACACUAGAGACUUGGUGUUUGAUUCAAGAAAGAUCACUGAAGCGUCAUUGCUUAGCCCAGUAACAAGGCCAGGAAAAUCAAGGUUUAACUCAAAAAAGACUUCUGAAUAUUCUGUAUCUGACUUCACAAAUAUGAAGUCAGACUUACUGUUUAACACUAACAAGACUCUUAAAAAUUCCACAUUUACCUCAGACAAUGAACUAUUUGUAGAAACCAACUUGCCCAUAAAGCAUAGAGUGCAGAUAUGUGAUAAUGGUAGGAGCAAUAAAGAAGGAAUGAUUUUAAAUUGCAGUAACUCUGUGGAUAAUAAAUAUUUAAAACCAGAAAACUCGUAUGAAACUAAAAAUAAUAAUACCUGUGAUUCAGAUGAUAUGUUACUGUGUAAGCUGCAUGGUUCUGAUUCAUUUGGACAUGUAAAAUCCUCCAAAGGUAAAUAUGUAUCCAAGAAACUUACAAAUAGAGAAACUAGCUCCAGUACUGCUGAAAAUGUUAUUGUUGUAGAUAGUUCUAGUUGUAGUGAAAGUACUAUAAAAUCUUGCUCUUCUGUGGAAUAUGACUUGUCUUCCAGUUUAUCCAACCAGGACAGCAAACAGUGUCCCAUUUUGUUCAGAGACAUUUUAUUCAGCUCUUCUGGAAAAUGUACAAGAUCACCUAUCUUAUCAGAUGUUGGUUCUUCAGGUACUGAUGAUGAUUCAGAUUUAACACCAGACAAAGUCUGGCCUAUAAUGACUGAUCCUUUAACUGUGAAUGAAAAGAGAAAGUUGUUUGAGGAGUCUACCUUGUGUGAAACAGAAGAAAUUCCUCUCAUCAUUUUAGAUGAAACACCCCCAAAUGAUCUACUUGAUUAACAUUUAUGUUGUUGUUUGUUUGUUUUUUGAAGUAUUAUUUUCUUGAAGGGUAAUGAAUUAGGAUUUCAGUAUCAUUGUUUGAAGCUAUUUUUUGUAACUGAAUCCUAAUCAAAUUAAUGGUUUGUAGACAGAAAUGAGUGUUUAAGACAGAAUUUAUUAGUUUAGUAUGUUUAAUAUUAAUGGGCUAUUUUAUUGUAAACUUGUACUGAUCUUAUUGCAAACAGUUCUUGCCCUCUGUCUCUAUAUAUUAGCUGAUGUAUCCAUUCAAGACAUGGGGUCACUGGGGGUUACAUGGGGUGUCAGAUCCAAACAUUGACCUCCUUUGUUAUUCCCCAGGGGGUCCUAAGAGUAUGUGCCAAUAGUUAAUCUUAUAAGUCGAUGCACACCGAAGCUUUUAUCAAAUAAUUCUCUCUAUAUGUUUAUAGUGAGAUGUAGUUGAAAACAGUAUAUCAGAUAAGUCAGCAAGUCUCAAACUACUGCUAAUUAAUAAAUAGCUAAGCAUCAGGGAUUACAAACAUGAUUCACAUUGUAAUAGUGCUAUGUCCACUUAAAAACUAAAAAAGCACAAUUGACUUUCACAA